AUGAACGGCCAGUAUUACGCUAAUUUGUUGGAUCAGGCGCAUGAAACAGACGUAAGGCGCUACAAGCUCUUACCGCCACAACCCCUACCCGACAGCAACAUCGCAACGGCAUCCCACGCCCCGCCUAGUCGUUGCAGCCCAAACAGCUGCAAUCAAAACCCCAACAGACGUGUGCUUGCACCCAACGUGCAACAACUGCAACACGUGACACCACCACCAUCGCACGGUGGACGCGAUCUACGCCAGAAUCAAUCUCAGCAGCAAGUUUGUCGUGCUGUUGUGCGUCCAGUGAAACCGGCUGAGAAGCGACAUUCAACACAUCAACUGCAUAAGCGUGACCGUUACGUUUAUCAAGUGAAUCCACAAACACGCUGGUAUACCAUAUAUGAACGUGUGCCAUAUAUCCGUUUGGAGCCACGCUUGAGCGGUGUCUACAACAGUCCCUAUCCACACUACAUACACCUGCCGCCACAGGGGAAAUCGAGCCAACUGGGCGAGAAUAAGGAACAACAUUUAUUGCCAUUGCCGCCGUUGAAGCCAGAUGAGGCGCAACUGUCGCACUUGACUUCGUUGCUUGAGAAGGAGAAGCAUCAACAACAAUUGCAACAACAAGAGAAAUUUUCGCAGCAGACAUUCCAGCAGCAACAACAAAAUUUGGCGCAUCAGCAACACCCAACACCAACAUCGUUUGACUCUUACGAAUACCAGGACUGCACAUCGCAAUUACCAUCGACGCCACCACCACAAUAUACGCAGCUGCCUCAAUACCAUCAGCCGUCCUCUAUACAGUUGCCGCCAUAUUCACAUCAAUUCGCACAGUUACAGCAGUCUUCUUUGACUCCGUCGUCUUUGGCAUCAUCAUUGGCAGCUCCGCAGUUGUCGCAACCAUACAACGCCGUUUCGGAUCAGUCUCCAAAUCACUUUUGUAAUUGCAAUUGUCACGGCACUUAUUUGCCCUACGAGCAGCUGCCGCCGAAUUAA